UGCCGAUGAGUCGUACAACGUUUGCUAGAUCGUGUGAACGCAGUUGUUUCGUCAGCGACGAUGCAGCUUAGUGGACCGUGAUAUUUUCAGAAAUUUCAUAGUCAGAUCGUCGGAACGUAAUUCUCGAGCAACGUCUUACAGGUUAGGUUGCUCUAUUUCCUGAGUCAAAAUGGAAUCAAUGGACGCGCGCCUUGUUGCGCAGGCAUUAAACUACCAUGGUCAGCAGUUGCAGAAAGUGUGGGAAGGAGAACGCAACGAGAAUGAGUUGGCUAUGCUCAAUCUCAAGGAACCCAAUUUUGAAAUUUAUCAACAGAGACAGAAAACACUUAGCUUCGGAGAUAGAGGAAAAAGACUGAAGCUUCAGCAAUUCCUCGCUAAGAAAGCAGAUGCUCUUUAUGAUAAAGCAAAUCUUGAGAAGACUAUAGAGCCUAUUAAGCAAGAAUUAGGAGAUGAAGAAUUUUAUGCAACAAUGCCAGGACUCGAUACUUUUGUCACUAUGGAAAAGUCUCAACGUAUCAGAAACUUCUUGGAAAGUUUAGUUGUCGGAGAUGUAAUUUAUGCACAAGUGAUGAGUAAAAGUGCUCCUGGUCUUCUUCUGAAGGUUCUUUGCAACUGCUCUGAUUGUCCUAGAGUUGUUACUGAGUUAGGAGUAAAGGUUCUAAUAUUGAAUACGGCCACUGUGCCGGCGGUGGACAAGAAAGGUGUUACAAGAGGCUACAUGGCAAAUGAUCUCGUCUGCGUCGUAGUCAGUGAAGUUAACGUUGAGGCGGAACGAGUCGUUGCAGUAAUGAACAUGCCUGCCCGCGAGGGCCAAGCCCCACAUCCACCUAUGGGUCUUAUUCAUUCUGAUGAUCUUCCAGAAGCUUAUAAGAAAGCUGUGGACAACAAAGGUCAGAGUUAUGAAACGCUCUUGGAGAAUAGUACUGGCUUCAACAACCCAAACAACAUAAAAUAUCUUUGUGACUUGAUGGGUCUAGGGCAAGAAAAUCAUUCUAACAUGGUUGGCCUAAGAGAACGUUUCCCUCCCAAUGAAUAUGCAUCAGAAUUGAGACAGGCACAAGCAAGCAAGUGGGCAUUCCGAAGUGUUGCCGAAGGAAUAGAUCACUUCAAAGCUGGCCGCCAUUCUGAAGCCUUUCAGUGUCUUAAUAAAGCACUAUCAGUUGACCCAAGAAAUGUUGAAGGCUUAGUUGCUAGAGGAGCAUUGUACGCGAACAGCGGUAGUUUCAAGAAAGCGAUCGACGAUUUUGAAACUGCUUUGAAACUGAAUCAAACUCAUGCGAAUGCUCGUAAAUAUAUGGCCGAAACUCUGGUAGCACUUGGACGCAGUUACGAAGACGAAAAGAAAUAUGAUGAAGCUCAGAAAGCUUAUGAAAAUUGCUUAGCCAUAGCACCAUAUCAUGAAGAGGCACGAAAUUCUAUCGAAUAUAUCAAAUCAAAGACUCUAACGUCUUCUUUGAAUCCCCUUGAUACGUUUAAAAGUUUCGAAACUGAAAACGACGUUGGCGACAAUAAAAAGGAGAAAAAGAAACGUAAGAAGGAAAGAAAAUCUCGAUCAAAAAAAAGACAAAGAUGGAGCUCCAGUUCUAGUUCGUCAUCGAGUGGAUCAUCGAGUACAUCUAGUUCGGAUUCGAGCAGUUCCUCGUCUUCUGGGAGUUCGCGAUCUGCAUCUCGUUCGCCAAGCAGAAAACGGAAACAUAAGAAAGAUCAUCGUGGAUCACUUUCGCCUCUUAGCAAGCGAAUGGCUCAAUACAACAAUCCUCCAGCUGCUACAACCGCCGCUCAUGAUGUAAUUGCACCGGUUUCUUAUAAUGCCAAUACUCGGGAAAAGAUGGAUGAUUAUGAAAUUAAAGUGCGCAAGUUUUUGGAACAAACCAAGGAUGAUUCAGAUUACGAAGAUAAGGUAAGGAAGUUCUUGGAAGAAACUGCAAGAUGGAAGAGAGAAAGGGAAAAGGAAAAGAAGCAUUCGGAAAGUGAAAAAAUGAAGAAAAAGAAGAAAAAGGAGAAGAAAGGAAAGGAUAAGGAAAAGGAGGAUAAGAAGAGUAGAAAGAAGAAGAAGAAAGAGGAACGAAAGAAGCGUAAAAAUAAGGAUAAACUUGAAAGAGAUUUGGAGGCAUUGAAAAAGUCGUCUUUACCAGAUUUGGAACAACUCGAAUCGAAACUAAAUGCUUAUUAUGCGAAAGUUGAAAAAGAAACAGCUGUCCUAAAAAGGUAUGUAGCACAGUAUAAUGACAUACCUUCCCCUCUUAGCAACGCGGAGAAGCUCGCGGAGAGCUCACGCAGGGAGGAGGAACUACGUAGAGAGAGGGAAAGGGAGAGAGAUGAGGCAUCAAAAGCGUAUCAUGAACGAGAACCCAGAAUACCUAUGACCGCUCAGCAGCGUAAAGAAAUUCAGAGGAAGCCUUUAACGGACAUUUUUGAACAAGAGUCACAGUUAAUUCAUCCUGAACCUAAAGUACCUACUUUAGAUACAGCUGCGUUAAAUGCUAAAUGGAAGGCUGCUCAAGCGGCUAGUGACGAAGACGAUGACAACGAGUUAGAGGAGAAACUGCAGCGAGCAGCAUUAGAAAAGUCAUUGAAUAUUCGCAAACAGAUGCAACGAGAAUUGGCGGAGAAGAGAGCAGCAGCUGCCCAACCGAUGUCUGCCCCUACACCACCGCCACCAUUACCUAAGGAACCUCCGAUACCGAAACAAGCACCAGUGAAAUAUCCUACUCCGCAACCGCAGAACAAGUUUCAAUCUUACAAGGACCCUACUAUAUCAGUACCUCAAGGUACACCGAAUAAGUUCAGCUCCGGCAGCAAUCUCGGUGGUAAAUUCCAACCGAUUGGUCAAUGUCCUGGAAGUGGAGGUGGCCAUCCACCGGAACCUCCGCGUCCACCGCCACCAGCAAAGAAUCAGAAUCAGGCUAAAGGGCCAAGAACGGAUUCCGAUAGUGAGACUGAUCGACAGCACAGACAGACGCCUAAGAAACGCGAAUCAAGUGGUAGAGGAGGUGGUACGGUUUCCAAGAGAAUGAGCAGAGACAGACCAGGAAAGCGUUCUCGUAGUAGAUCUCGCAGUGCAUCCAGUUCUGGUUCCUCGAGAUCUCGAUCUCCAAGGCGAACACGUUCGCGUUCUUAUUCCAACAGAAGAUCCGGCAGUUACGAAAGAAAAUACAGCCGUUCGCCGUCCGGUACAUAUAGUCGAUCAAGGUCAAGAUCACGAUCAAGAUCUUAUACUAGGAGUCGUAGUCGCAGUAGGUCCGGCGACAGAGGCUAUUAUCGCAAGAGACAGUUUCGUUUGUACAAUAAUCGUGGGACUUAUUACAAGCCACGCUUUCAAGGCUUUAACAAUCCUAAUCAUCGUGGCGGUGGCAAUAACUUCCAAAACAGAAAUCGAUUCUACAAUAAUCAACACAACAAUCGUUUCGGCAAUAGACGUGGCGGUGGAUUCAACAAUCGCGGCGGUGGACGUGGACGUGGUGGCAACCGUGGUGGUAGAUUUUUCCACGGUAAGCAGGGCUUCCGCGAUUUCAGGGACAGGCGAGACUUUAGAGAUCGUCGGGCAGUAUCACGCGAUAGAUAUAGCGAUCGCAGUUAUUCACCCGAUCCAAUGAGAAAGGUUGACGAAGCCAAAGAGAAAAUCAACAAGAUGCUCGAAGGCGGUGACGACGUAAUGGAUCAUCAGCAAGGUGCCGGAGGAUCAAGCGUUCCUCCCAAUAAGAGACAAGAUGGACCUCUGAGCGAGGGCGAAGAACGCGAUGAUGAUGACUACGAGAGGUGGGGAGAGGGAGAGGGGGGCGACGCGGCUAACAAGAGCGAGGAAGUUGGAGCUGUCGACGAUAACCUGGAAGGCAAGGAGUACUUCAUUGAACGCAUGAAGCAGCGAAGCAAGAAUGUAUUAAUGCAGAGAGCCCUUGCAGCUAAGAUUUGGUAGAUAUGCGUGCCGUUGCCGACGCUGUUUCUUCUCUUCUCCUUCGUCUGUGAUAUUCUCUAUUUCCUCACGUUGGCUGUGCCUAGUCACCAGCGAUCGACCAAUUCACGUGAGAUAAUCUUUUAUAAUUUUUCGUACCGAUAACGUGCGGUACAUAUACAUAAAUAUUAUCAAGUAAUAAAUAUCACGGACGUUAAUUAUUGAAAUUAUUAACUGGCGGCCAUUAUGAUCGUUAAGAAUCCUUUUAUCUUAAUUACCAACGAACUCUUUCUCGUUCGUCCUUUUUUGCGGAUAUAUCAUUAAAUGUAUAAUAUCGAGACGAUCGUGUAUAGUUUAUUAUUAUAUAUCUACGUUUCAUCCGUAUUCGUAAAUAAAAUCGUACGAGACAGUCUUUUGCUCGGUUUUGCAAGAGGAAACCCAAAACUACUACUACUACUACUGCUACUACUACUAGUACUAAUAUUACUAUUAACUAUUAAACUACUACUAUUAUUACUACUACUACUACUACUACUAUUACUACUAUGUUAUAUCUUAUAUAUAUGUAGCGAACGUGUGAAUGCGCUCGAUAUAUUAUAUAUCUAUCGUAAUAAUAACGGGAAAAAGAAUUCAUUCGUAUCGAACUUUGAAGACUCUCGCUACGGAUCGUCGAGGAUAUAAUAUAUGUAUACCAUGUUUCUACGGAGUAAGAAAUCGGAUGAUCAUUAUUUUAGCAAACUACAUCGCGAAUUUUCUUCUUUAACUUUCUUCAAACGUAGUUCGUAAGUUGUAUGAUAUGCCGUUUUCUUUUUUUCUCUCUCAUUUUUUUUCCUUUUUUUUUUUUUUCUCUUUUUCUUUUCUUCUUCUUCUUCCCUUUUUCUUUUUCUUUUUUCUUUUUCGAUCACAAUGGAAACGUCAAAUUUGGCUCUGGGUUUGAUUCUUAUCUCGCGAGUGGCUUUUCAUAUUACAUCUAUCAAUAUAUAUAUAUAUAUAUAUAUAUCAUCUUAUCAGAAACUCUUUCUUUAUUAAUUUAAAAUGAUUUAUUAGAUUUCGUUUGUACAUUUCUUAACAAAUGUGAAAACUCGUUACGACAAAAAAAAAUAAAAAAUAAAAAAUAAAAAGAAAAAAAAAACAUCUAAGCAUAAUCAAAAGAAACAAAAACAAAAAAAAAAAAUAGAAAGAAAGAAAGAAAGAAAAAUAAGUCAGUUGAUUUAUGCAGAUCAUAAAGUAAACGAUUUUAUCAUUAAUUAUUCUUGACAAUUCAAUAACAAUUUUAAUUGUUUCAUGAAAGAUCAUGUAUUAUUGGACCCCCUCUCCCCUUACCGUUGCGCGCGGUUUUAGAAUUUGCGAUACAUUCUGCGUUGUUUUGCUCAAAUACAAAACAAACUAUGCAUAUUUAGAAUGAUAGUCAUUUUACUCCUUUGAUCGCGUGAUCUUAUUAGAGCGUCCCUUUGCAGAUAUACGUUUCAUUAAGGAAAAAAAAAAAUAAAAAAAAAAAUAAUAAAAAAAAAAAAAAUAAUAAAAAAAAAAGAAAGAAAAAAAAAUACAAACCUUGUUACUAUUUCCUUCUCUUUAAUACGAGAGCGCUUAUUUUAAGAUAUAUUACAAAUAAUUUACGUAGUAGGACACAUAUAUGUUACAUGUAAACGAGUUGCUGUACAAUUCAAUCAUCCAAAAAAAUAUAUAUAAUUGUAAAACUACAAAGAGAGAAAGAGAGAGAGAGAGAUCAAUGUCAUUGAUAUUUAUGUUUAUCCACCAUAUAUAUAUACACAUAUUUAUAUAUAUUUUACACAACAGAGAAGAAUUUACGGUAUGUGAUAUAAUAAAAAUUAAUAAUUUUUUUUUUUUUUUUUUUUUUUAAUUAUGCGUGUCUUACACAAUUAUAAAGAUCGUUAUCUUAAAAAUAUGCAUGUGUAUAUAUAUAUAUAUAUGUAUGUAUGUAUAUAUAUGUGUAUAUAUAUAUAUAUAUAUAUGUGUGUAUAGGUUUAAAUCAGAGAUUUUCAAAAUUUAAUUAAAUAUUAGAAAAUUUGAGAAUAACUUAAAUGUUUAUUAGAAGUGUUUCAAAGUCGAUUUACCAUAUUUCUGUAUAAAAUUUUUUUCUCUCAGAGCUCGUACAUCUAUAUAAAAAUUAAUUUCAAAUCCUUUUAUAUCAGAAUUAUUAUUUUCGACAAAUUAUUAGAUAUUUGAUCGAGUAAUAUGAUGAUUUUCGUGAAUAAUGAUCGUUUUUGUAAAGUACAUAUUUCGAUACGUAAAAAAAGUUUGGAAAGAUCUUAGAUUUAAACGAUUCUCGAAAUAUAUCGAUACUUAUCGUUACGCGUUCGUAUAUUAUUUUUUGUACUUCGAUAAGACAGUUAACGACGUAUUUUGUGAAGGAAAACAAAAAAAAAAAAAAAGAAAACGAAAAUAAGUAAAGGUAUAUCUUAAAAAAUGUAUCUUAUUAUUUCGAUAAUCGAUAGAUAAAAAAAAAAUUAUCGAUUACGCGUAUAUCGAUCACAAGUAAUCAUGCAUUAUUGGUUAUAAUCGUUCGUCAGGAAAUAUCAUAAAAAUAAUAUUUCUUUAUUGAAUCUCUCGGAUUCGCACUAUUUUUGAAAGUGAACAUGCGUAUUUCGCGCCUUAUGGCGUCGGUAGCUGGCGUUGACGGGGGAGAGGGGGAAAUGGUAGCGCGGAAUAUGAUAACGUUUUCGAGUCGCUUCAGUUUAGCGUCGACCUUCACGUGCGGGAGAUGGUCUAAGCAUUUUUUGUUAUUUUUUUUUUUUUUUUUUGUAUAUCUAAUAUUCGGUGAUAUUUUUAAUUUGUAUUAUUAUUAUUACUCAAGUUUUUCGUAUAAACAAGAAGGAUCACGUUAGUAACGAUAAUCGUUUGAUUUAAUUACGAUUUUACGUUUGACUUGUUGAAGUGUAAAAAACGACGAGUUAACCUUUUCUCGUGUUUCACGUUAUAUAUAUAUAUAUAUAUAUAACAACUAAUGAGUUCCAAAUUGGUAAUGAUAUACGUUAAUAAUCUUAUAACAAUUAAUUUCAUGUUCGAGAUACGAAUAAAAUUAAAUUGAAUUAAGAUUUUUCAUCAAAACUGUGUAAUAAUUUCGCACUUAGUGCAUUUUUUUUUUUUUUUUUUCUUUUUUUUUUUUUUUCUAAUGAUGGCAAUAAGAGAAAGGAGAUUCAAAUUUUCGUUAAAGUUUCUCUUAAAUUUCUCUAUACGAGAUAAUUCAUAUAAAAUUAUUUUCUUUUCUUUUGUCCAGUUUGGAACUCUUAGUUCACGAUAUCAAUUUUUUUUAUAUAGUGAAUAUGUGUGAAGUGAUUAUAUGCAAAUGUGAAAUUACGUAUACACAACGUGGAUACAGGAUAAUUCCGUUUAAACAACGUUCUUAGAGCCGUUAAGGAAGGGAACCGAGAGAAAAAGAAAACGGUGUAUCUUCAAGGUGCUCGAGUCUCAGAAGCUUUGCGGCACGAGGAAUCGCACGAUCUGCGACUUGUUGCAGCAGCAGCCUAUUCGUAACAUUUUCUCUUUCUCGCACGAUUCACGUGAAACAUCGUUUCUAACUGAAUUGCUUCUGAAAAAUGAUGCCACGGACGGGGUCUGAAAGUGAUCGAAAAAUGUUGAAUCCAGAAACCGGUUGUUAUUCGGAAUCCGUACGAGCAUGAACCGGCAUACUGUGCGCUGAUACACCACGCGAAGCUGCCCCAGCCCAGAACCAGUUAUAAACAUAUGAUUAAGCUCGUUUUAAUAAGUUUUUAUGUAGAUCUUUACGCGUAAGGAUGUACCUAUAAUAAAAAAGUAAGUGUUGAAUAAACGAGAUGCGUUAAGAAGA